CGAGAAAAAGCUCAUCCCCAUUAAGCCAUUUUCGUCAAUCUGGACGCAAGAAGAGCUGAAAAGCUCCAAGACGAUUCAAAGAAACCAAAAGCAGCGUUAUGAGUUUUCCCAGUUAUCCAAUGCCUUUUCCUCCGCUUAACUUUUGAGCUCGUCCACAAUGGCCGAUGAUCUUUCUUCCUCCGCCAAGGAUGUCUUCCUUGCAAAGGCUUCAAAGAAUUCUACUUUGGUGGGGAAGAUGACCGUAUUGGUCUUUGCAAUGAUCUGCGGAGUCUAUAUAUGUUCUAUUUGUCUAAAGCAGGUAAGCAUGCCCACUAAGAUCGGAUUUUUGGAUAUAAAGGUCGUCAACGAGACAUGCCCUGAACCCAAGAUUGAACCUUGGGAAAUGCCUUACGUGCAUUACCCAAAACCCAAAACUUACAGCAGGGCCGAAUGUGCUUGCAAUCCUGUGAGGUAUUUUGCCCUGUUGUCAAUGCAGAGAUCUGGAAGUGGAUGGUUUGAGACUUUUUUAAAUAAUCAUACUAACAUAAGCUCAAAUGGGGAAAUUUUCUCCGUCAAAGUGAGGAGGAGUAAUAUUUCAACCAUCGUGGAGACUCUGGAUAAAGUUUAUAAUCUAGACUGGUUAAGUAGCGCGUCAAAAAAUGAAUGCACAGCUGCAGUUGGCUUAAAGUGGAUGCUGAAUCAGGGAUUGAUGCAAAAUCAUGAACAAAUAGCUGAGUACUUCAGAAGACAUGGUGUUUCAGUUAUAUUUCUUUUCCGAAGGAAUCUCCUCCGUAGAAUGAUUUCUAUACUUGCAAAUCAAUUUGACAAAGAUGCUAAGCUAUUAAAUGGGACUCACAAGUCUCAUGUUCAUUCAGCCCGUGAGGCAGAGACGCUUGCAAAAUACAAACCCACAAUCAACGCAACAUCGUUGAUAUCCGAACUGAGGAAAGUGAAUGAAACCGCCACCAAGGCCUUGGAAUUUUUCAAGAGCACCAGACAUAUUGUCAUAUACUAUGAGGAUGUUGUCAAAAACCGCACUAAAUUAGCAGAUGUUCAAGAUUUUCUCAAGGUUCCAUAUAAAGAUUUGAAGAGCCGUCAAGUGAAGAUACAUAAAGGGGUCUUAUCCAAUCAGAUUGGGAAUUGUAAUGAAGUCAGCAAGACGCUCAAUGGGACAGCAUAUGAGAGCUUCCUUCAUGCAGAUUACCGUUAGUAGCCUGCUGGGAAUGUACAUACAACUUUUGUUCUCUUGUGGUGCAUGAGCAGAGGUUUGAACCGUAGCUUCUCUUUUAAAA